CAGUUCAGUGUUGACCAAGAGAAGGAGGUUAUAGUUUGGGUUUGCAACACUCAGAAUUUCGUUCAUCCUUUAGUUGUCGAUAGUUUCGAAAGAGAACAUUUUAUAAAUUUUAUGAAGAGUCCUCCUAAAAACUGCUCAUUCAUCAUGGUUUUAUCUAGCUCUGCACUACUUAGACGCUAUUACGAAGUUGGACUUAAUAAAGUUAGGGAGCUCUAAAAUACAUUUGGCUUCCGCCAGGAAUAGUGUAUGGGUGUUUAUCAGCUCGUUAGCUCGUACUUUCAGUAGUCCGUAUGAAGUUUUUCUACCGGAGGGCGAAAGUUAUUCAUUUCUUUAUCACUCCUUAAAGCAAACUAAUACGUUACAGAAAAACUGACGAUGAAGUUUUAUAUUAACCAAAAUGAAACUGAAACCCGUGGAGAGGCCUUUACCAAACUUUGUAACCAAAAAUCUGUAACUCAAACCAUUUUUACAAAGCAGGUUUGUGCCGAAGGCCUUCCAUUGCUAAACCGAUCAUUGGCCUUUACUAUUGAGCAGAAUUUAGCUAACAUUCCUAUUAUUAUUAUUGCUGGCACACGCUCGGAUUAUCUUAUGCGUUGCGUAUACAACUUGAUAAGAACGCCUGGAGUUCUACUUGAUAACGUGUAUAUCGUAGUGGAUGGCUUUUAUCAAGACGUGCUACUCAUCGCUCAAGUAUUUGGCGUGCGCGCAGUGUUCUUCCCGAGCCUGCGAGACCAAUUACCCGGGCAGCCUUGGGAUACAGUAAUAAAAGUACACGUGAGUCGGGUUUGGAGUUUUAUAUUUUUAAACACUUCAGUAGAUAAUGGAAUUAUUCUGGAAGAAGCUAUAAUUUUUAUUAUUACAAAUAGUAAUAUAUAA